UGGGGGGCAUCAGUGCCUUCACUCGAUCUGUCUCCCCCAGCACCAUCUAGGCUAUGGGCAUCAAGACAGCAUUGCCCGCGGUGGAGCUGGGCUUGUACUCCCUGGUGCUGAGUGGGGCUCUGGCCUAUGCUGGCCGGGGCCUCCUAGAAGCUUCACAAGAUGGGGCCCGCAGGAAGGCCUUUCGGGAGUCUGUGCGACCUGGCUGGGAGUAUAUUGGCCGGAAGAUGGACGUGGCUGACUUCGAGUGGGUGAUGUGGUUCACCUCCUUCCGCAAUGUCAUCGUCUUCGCCCUCUCUGGACAUGUGCUGUUUGCUAAACUCUGCACGAUGGUUGCCCCCGAGCUCCGCUCCUGGAUGUAUGCCGUAUAUGGGGCCCUGGCUGUGCUGGGCACGAUGGGCCCUUGGUACCUGCUGCUGCUACUUGGCCACUGUGUCAGCCUCUAUGUGGCCUCACUCUUGGGCCAGCCCUGGCUCUGUCUCGGCCUUGGCCUGGCCAGCCUAGCCUCCUUCAAGCUUGAUCCCCUAAUCUCCUGGCAGAGCGGGUUUGUAACAGGCACUUUUGAUCUUCAAGAGGUGCUGUUUCAUGGGGGCAGUGGUUUCACAGUGCUGCGUUGUACCAGCUUUGCACUAGAGAGCUGUGCCCACCCCGAUCGCCGCUACUCCCUAGCUGAUCUGCUCAAGUACAACUUCUACCUGCCUUUCUUCUUCUUCGGGCCCAUCAUGACCUUUGAUCGCUUCCACGCCCAGGUGAGCCAGGUGGAGCCGGUGAGGCAAGAGGGUGAGCUGUGGCGCAUCCGGGCCCAGGCUGGCCUCAGCAUGGUGGCCAUCAUGGCUGUGGACAUCUUCUUCCACUUCUUCUACAUCCUCACCAUCCCCAGUGACCUCAAGUUUGCCAACCGCCUCCCGGACAGCGCCCUUGCUGGCCUAGCCUAUUCAAACCUGGUGUACGACUGGGUGAAGGCGGCGGUCCUCUUCGGCGUGGUCAACACCGUGGCACGCCUUGACCACUUGGACCCGCCCCAGCCUCCCAAGUGCAUCACCGCACUCUAUGUCUUCGCGGAAACGCACUUUGACCGUGGCAUCAACGACUGGCUUUGCAAGUAUGUAUAUGACCACAUUGGUGGGGAGCACUCCGAGGUAAUCCCAGAGCUGGGGGCCACCGUGGCCACAUUUGCCAUCACCACUCUGUGGCUUGGACCUUGUGAUAUUGUUUACCUGUGGUCAUUCCUUAACUGCUUUGGCCUCAACUUUGAGCUCUGGGUGCAGAAGCUGGCAGAGUGGGGGCCCCUAGCACAAAUCGAGGCCUCUCUGUCGGAGCAGAUGUCUCGCAGGGUCCGGGCCCUCUUCGGGGCCAUGAACUUCUGGGCUAUCAUCAUGUACAACCUUGUAAGCCUGAACAGCCUCGAGUUUACAGAGCUGGUUGCCAGGCGCCUGCUACUCACAGGAUUCCCCCAGACCACUCUGGCCGUCCUGUUUGUCACCUACUGUGGUGUCCAGCUGGUGAAGGAACGAGAGCGAACCCUAGCACUAGAGGAGGAGCAGAAGGAGGACAAAGAGAAGCUGGAGUAGGCUGGAGGGGGAAGAGGGGAGAAGGAUGGGUUCUGCUCAGCUGUUUCCAGGCCCAUGCCCAGGCCAGGCCAGAUGGGCCCUGACCGAUAGAAUAAAAGACUUUUCUACC